UGAUUAUAUUGGACAAUUACGCUUCAAAUACUUUGAGCGCCAUGCCUCCAAUAACGGUUCCAGUGUCGCCUCGAGUGUUUAAGGCCAUCGAGAAGUCCGACAUCCACACCUUAGCCUUCUGCAGGGAGGAAGAGAUCCGUCCGAUCCUGCCAUGUCUCGUCCGGAUGAGUCUGAUCGCGCCCUUGGAUCACUCCGAGGAAUGCAUCGCCGGACGGAAGGUUAUACUGAGAAUACUGUCUGGGAUAGAAGUGGUCAACUCCCUAGUGGCUCUUCUUUCUAUCGACUUCCCGGCACUUGAAGUGGAUGUCAAAAAAGAGCAGCAACUGAGGCAGAAACUUGGUGGAAGCAGUCAGAGUGAGAGUGUCUUGUGCAAAAUUUUAACAGAUGGACUGGCUUUGGAGUUUGAGUGCUCAGAUCCUACUCGCAGUUUGCGACUCUUGUUAUCGGAGUUACUGCUUGUGAUGGCUCAGAUACGUGAACCACGCCAGGAUUUUUAUCACAAGUCCUCAGAAUUGUUUGACAAUCCCUGUUAUUUGGAAGAAGUGAGCGAUGUGCUGUGUAUUGCAUUAGCCGAACUCCCGGCUUUGCUACAGCCGGCAGAAGUAGCAGAGGCACUCAUUCAUGUUACUAAUGGCCCCACACUUAUUGCUCGUAUGGUAGCUAACCAGCCCGACUGUUUUUAGAGAAGAGAGAUUGUGACAGGAUUAGUAAUGGCUGGUGCAAGCAAGAUGAGGAUAGUCCAAGUGGUUUGUUUACGUCUCCAAGCUGUUAGAACUUUAUGUCAGAUGAACCCAAGCCAAGCACUUAAUGUUAGAGCUCUUUGUGUGGAGCAGUGUCGUAUGCCAGGUCUGGCAGUGUACUUGACUUUGGAUGCUGGAGUAAGCAAUGUUUGUUCUUCAGGGAGUGUGGGGGGAAUUGGAACAGUUUAUGGAGGAGAGAGUGGAGAUGUAGUAAGUUUUAUUACAGGCCUUCUCCUUUCCCAUAAUCAUCAGCAACGCACAUGGUUUGCGCAGUUUGUCAAGAGUGGACAGAGGAGAAAAUAUGAGCACCAAGCUUCAGCACUAACUGCUCUCAGAACAUACCUCAGUGGAAGGCUGCGAAAUCUUCUUCUCUUCAAUAGCAACGAUACAUUACCUGACUCUCAAGUGAUAUAUGCCACAGCAUUACUGAGACUGUAUUGUGCUCUCAAAAGUCUAGCCAAUUUGAAAUUCAGCGAAGAAAAGGAAAUUGGCCUCUUGUUACAAUUAGUGACUUGUCAUCCACCGCCUUCAGCUGCGGGAGUACGAUUUGUUAGUACAGGUCUUUGUAUGUUGAUUGCUUGUCCAUCACUCAUUUCCUUGCAAGAAAAUGAACGAAGGGCGUCAGAGUGGAUCAAGUGGUUGGUGAAAGAAGAAGCAUAUUUUGCUGGGGCCAGUGGUGUAUCAUCAUCCUUUGGUGCAAUGCUUUUGCUCAUGGCCAUUCAUUUCCAUGUCCAGCAACUCAGUGCCAUCAUUGAAUUAGUGAGUGCAGCUCUUGGGAUGAAAAUCAUCACUCGGGCAAAUAAUCUUGCUCGAAUCAAAUACAUUUUUACUCAUGAUGUCUUUACAGAACAGGUUGUAACUGCUCAUGCUGUUAAAGUUCCUGUCACAUCAUGUCUGAAUGCCAAUAUACCAGGUUUUCUUCCAGUUCAUUGUGUUUAUCAUCAGUUGAAAAGUAGAAUGUUUACUAAGCAUAAAGUACCUAUUAAAGACUGGAUAUAUAAUCAGAUCUGUGCUUCAACAACACCGUUACACCCAGUAAUGCCGCAGUUGAUAGAUGUAUACGUAAACUCUAUUAUAUUACCGGCCAGUAAAGGGGGACCAACAGAUACCUUCAAUGAACCAAUAUCAGAAGAGGAGAUAAUGGCAGUUUUCUCGCAGUCUAUAUUCACAGAAAAAUCUUCACGAAAGGUCGAGUGGGAAAGAAAUGCAAGAAGGGCCUUAUGUAACAAAAACAAGAGUAUAAUGUCGGAGGGAAGGCAAAAACCUAUGAGUGGCUGCUCAACAAAUUGUGUAACUCAUCCAGCACCCCCUGGCGGAUCAGUUGGUAUCUGUCUAAGCAUGAUGCGUGAGAGGACCUCAAGUGUUGAUGCAGUAUCAGGUCAUGUAAUGCCAGCCCCAUCUAUAACUUCGUCACAGAUAGGUUCAAACACGUCCACAGCUUCAGGCUUGCCCAUUGCAUCUGUGAUGAUUCUUCAGCUACUUUUACUAUACUACUUGUUGCUAUAUGAAGAUGUUCGUUUGAACAACACACAUCAACUUUUGACCAGUAAUCGACGUGUCCAUUCAUAUUCACCUCACCUGUUUGCUCAGCUUCCCAUCAGAUACUUACUUUCUCAUGCUCAAAGAGAGCAAAGAUUAUAUGCAGGAUUGUUUUCUUCGUUAGUCAAGUUAUUGGUAAGUCACUAUCCUCAGCUUUGCUUAGUUGAAGAUUGGCUAUACCAGAGUACAUCAGCAGAUUCUCAUCUGGGUAUUCUGCCACCAAAAGUUCAGUUGGACUCUCAGUCAGUCACCAAAGCUAUGGAAGAUGCUGCAGACAAACCAGGUCGUCUGUUAGUUGUAUUGGAUAGUUUGCGAUGCAUGCCACCAUAUCACCUUUGGCCACUAGCUGCUUCACUCACAGCUUCCAUCAAAUGCUUAUUACAACCAGGUGUCCCUCGUUAAGAUACCUAUCGUCAAGUGUGGAUGCGACUUAAUUCACUGUUUCCACGUCGACUGUGGGCGAUGACAGUGGAAGGUUUAAGACCCAAAGAAAUUGGCAGCAAGCUGAGGAAAGUGCUUUCUGAAGAUGAUAUCAUUCUUGAUCCUCUGUAUGUUCUUCGAUGUGAUGAAAGAGUUUUUAGAUCAGCACCACUUCUCCAGCUUGUAAUAUAUAUGCUUCAAGUGUAUUUAUUAUCAUCUCGAACGUUCCUAUCCCAGCAAAUGCAAAAUACCCCCCUAGUGAACACACCACAUAGCGCUGGUAGUGGGAAUAACAAUAUGGCACCACAAGCCAUAGAUGAAGAACGAGAAAAACUCAAAGGUGCACUCAUACUCACUCAGGAGAGUGCAGCUGUUCAGAUCCUUUUUAGAAGCAGUUUGAAGAAGGAGGAAGAUACGGAAAAUGGAGGUGCUUUAGCACUGCAAGAAAUCAGAAGUAUUGUAUGCUCUUAUAUCCAUCAAGCUUUCCUUAAAGAUACAACAUUAGCAAAGCUUGUUCAUUUUCAGGGUUAUGAUGGUGAGCUGAUAGGGCCUGUAGUUCGAGGUGUGCCUUCCAUGCAUAUAGCAAUUGGACUCAACUGGAUUCCAGAACUUUUGCAGUUGCCUGAUUUAGAGAAGCAGCUGUUUGCUAUUGAUCUUACAUCUCAUCUGGCUCUACAAAAUGCAAUGCCAUCUACUUUAAGCAUAUCUAAGGCUUGCAAUAUACAACCCACCCUUGCAACAUUACUUUCUGUUCUGGGAGAAAAGGAGAGGCUCCAUAUUAUGGAGGCAUCAUUGCCUUCACUGAUUAACAUUGGACGUGCAUUCCCUGCUCUUACUGAUGAUCUCCUGCAUCUGUUAGUGAUGUAUGGGAGAGUUGCUGCAGCACAGUCUGCAUUAUCAGCGGCUCCAACUCCGAGAUCAAUUGCCUUUAUGGAGAAGCCUUUUAUUAUGGAAGAAAAUUUGAAAGAGGAAAAAAUGGACUUUGAAGAAAGUGUACCAGAAGGCACCAGUGAACCUUUUCCAUGGCAUACAGCACCAAAGGUUCCAAAAGAUGAUCAGCUUUUUGCUUCCGUAAUAUAUGUUUUCAAAAAGUUGGUUAUUGAAAGCACCAUGACUCACAACCUGUAUUAGUGAUACCAGUUCUUUACUAUAAUAAAGAAAUGCAAUUUUAUGAAACUGGACACUGUAAUUAAUGUAAAUUAUCUGUAUGAUCUUGCGAGUUCCAUAAACAAUAAACACCAUCAUUAGUUAAAUGGCAGGAAACUGACAAACUUAUGGUCCUAGGACCAUCACAGUCAAAAAUAUUUCUUGAAUUUUGUUGUGUGUGUGUAUGUACAAAUUAUAAUCUUCAUUUUACAUGAUGUAAAUCGUUUAUCCAAAUGACAGUAAGUUGACUAGUUUCAUUCAACAUCAUAAGUAUUUUUAAUAAAU